CAAUACAUCAUGCAGUAUAUUUGAUCAAGUCCCAGCAUUGUGUGCAGGUCUGCAGUGGAUACUAGCCGGGAGCUCAUAACGUGAACUGUAACACGGGGAUCAUGGCCAGAGUUACUCCCCUUGUUCCAAACCUUGACGUGCAGGAUGAUCAGUUUGACGGGGUUAUCGUGGUGACAGAUACUGUGGACAAACUAACUGGUAACUUACAAUGUCUACAACGGCCCCUGAAGGAAUACGGAGAGGUGGAUAGUGCUUUCAACAGGGAAGUGGUUAUUGUGAAGACUGAUGCUGUACCCUCAAAGCGAUUGAUAUAUGCACCCACUGGACCCCUGAACAGAGAUUUUGAUGAUGUAAGGCGUUUUGGAGAUGCAGCUCAGAAAGGAAUUAAGAGGGCCCUGCAGGCCGGAUGUAAGAAGCCCCUGUUGGUUCGUCCUAUUGAUGAGAGUUUCCAGUUCGCAGGAAGUGUGGCAACUCUGGGAGCUUUGCAUGCUCUCUAUGUGCCAAUAGAAAUCCGUGAUGAUCUUCCUGAGAAAGCAUCAAAAGCUGAGAAACUCGGUAUUUGGUGUAAUGAUGAGGCUCGUGUAAAAAAUGGAAUUGCCGUGGCAACAGCACUGGAAGCAGGAAGGGUUGCUGCCAGAGACAUCGGAGGAUCUGAUCCCGAAAAAAUGGCCGCACCCAAUGUUGCAGCGUAUAUCCAGAAUAUCUUCAAGGAUACUGCAGUAAAGGUAGAGGUAAUUUCAGACCUGGCAACAAUAGAAAAGGAGUUUCCUGUUUUGGCCGCUGUGAACAGGGCAGCCAGUGUUGUGGAGCGUCAUCGAGCUAGGGUCAUCUUCCUGGAAUAUGAAGGAGAAGGUCCGAUAGACACCACUCUCUUCUUCGUGGGCAAAGGGAUCACCUAUGAUACAGGGGGUCUGGAUAUCAAGGCAGGGGGGAUCAUGGCUGGCAUGCACAGGGACAAGUGUGGGGCAGCUGCUGUGGCUGGCUUCUUCAAGAUGCUGUCCUUGGCUAAACCUAAAGGCCUGAAGGUCGUAGGAGGAUUAGCCAUGGUGAGGAACAGUGUAGGGCCAGAGGGUUAUGUGUCUGAUGAGAUCAUCACCUCACGGGCUGGGGUCAGGAUCCGCGUGGGUAAUACUGACGCUGAGGGCCGAAUGGUCAUGACAGAUGUUCUUUGCAGGAUGAAAGAGAGGGCUCUUGAGGCAGUCAACCCACAGUUAUUCACCAUAGCAACACUGACUGGGCACGCCAUUAAGAGUAUGGGACCAAACUAUUCCAUCAUUAUGGAUAAUGGCCCAGCAAGGAAGUUGAACACUGCACAGAAAGUGCAGGCUGCUGGUGACAUAAUGGGUGACCCAUUUGAGAUCUCCACCAUCAGGAGAGACGAUUAUGAUUUCCAUCGUGGGAAGUCAGAGUAUGAAGACUUACUGUCAUCUAACAAUGAACCAUCUUCAAGGACAAAUAGAGGUCAUCAGUCACCAUCAGCUUUCAUGAUUAUGGCCUCUGGGUUGGACAAGCACGGGAUAGACUCUGAGAAACCUCUGCCAUAUUCUCACAUGGACAUAGCUGGAUCCUCAGGACCCUUCCCAGGAAUCCCCACAGGAGCCCCUAUUGUUGCCUUAGCAACACAUUUUGUUUUGAACCGUCUGCAACAAAAAUAAAGCCCAGAUCACUUGGUUUAUAGAAAUUGAUACGUUUACUUUUCAACAAUUUACUGUGUUUUCAGCCAAGGACUUUCCGCAUUUUUAACUUCUGUAAUCUGCAUAUGACUCAAGAACAAUUUAAUUUUGAAUUUAUCUGUUGUAUUUGAAAACUGUGUAGAGCCUGUUAAAAUUUAUAGUGUAUAUUAAUGCAUGUAAUAAAAAGUAUCCAAGGCAAAAUGUGGUGCACUUUUGGCAGUUAUAGCAUAGCAAAAUGUGGUGCACUGUUGGCAGUUAUACCGUUGCAAAAUGUGGUGCACUGUUGGCAGCUAUAGCAUAGCAAAAUGUGGUGCACUGUUGGCAGCUAUAGCAUAGCAAAAUGUGGUGCACUGUUGGCAGUUAUACCGUAGCAAAAUGUGGUGCACUGUUGGCAGCUAUAGCAUAGCAAAAUGUUAGAGAACAUUAACACUUAUACACUGUAAAUGCUUUUCCAAUGUAAAGGCAUACAGUGCUUUACAAUGUAAUUUUUACUUUUUCUUUUUCUAAUCUAUAAAAUUAUGAAUUUAAGUGAGCCAAAAGAAGAAAGUAUACCUUUUGGGGAAAAUCUAGUGUAUUAGAUAUUUUUAAUUAAUAUAUUGCACAUUGACAUUGGUAUACAUUUUUCUGUGUAUUCUUGUUAAUUUUAGGAGGAAGCGAUGGUUUUAUAGCCACGAAAGAAGUCAAUAAUGACUUGGUGUUUAGGUCUGACAAUGAUUGGCGAGUCCAGUUGCUUGGAGUCUUCAGAACUGAGAGAAUGCCAAAAUUAGAUGAGGAUAACAUAGAAUCAUGGUACUAUUAAUGUGCAGUUGUUAAUUUCUGUCAUUAUGCGUGUUUUGUGAUGUGAACAUCUAGACUUCUAAUGAUGUACUCU